AUGCCUGUUGGCCGUCGGGGCAGGGCCGCGCCGCCGGGCCGGUUGCCGUUGCUGGUCGCGCCGUCCGGAGGCCGCCAGGGCAGGCCCUCCUUCUCGGCUGCGAGGCGACAAGGGCGCCUUCGGCUCCUACUCGCCGAGUCCAGUGGUGGCUCCAGCAGCACGCGUCUCCUUGCCGCGCUCUAUUUCAUGAAAAUAGCAAUGAUAAUUGCAACUGUUCAAGAUGCUGAUCGAGCUAUUCAACAAAAGAAUGGAUUUCCUGUUCCUGGUAGGAAAAUCAGAGUUAAGCUAGAAAUGAAUCAGUGCUCCACUGAAGGAAUGUUUGCAAAAGAAGGAGAAUAUGCAAUGCAAGUGAAGGACUCCGAUUUAAAAGAUGAGGCAAACGAGACUUCUCCUGCUGGAAAGCAUAAGGGGAAAUCGCAUAAAACAGAUCCAGAGCAACCACAUUUGUUGUCAAAGGAUGCUAUGGUAUCAAAGGAAGCUCCCAUUGGUGACCCCGAAAAGGUGAAAAAAAAAUCUAAAAAGCAAAGGCAGAGAGCUAAAGGUGUCCACGACGGCAGCUGCAAAAUUGCAGCCACAGCUGGCAAGAAAGCCACCACUGAUAAGGAACAUGUUGCAGAAGUGCCGUACAAAGAGCUACUCAACCCAUCAAAGUAA